CAUCAUUUCAACCUUUCUCGGCAAGCCGACGUUAUCGGCUGACGAAGAUGCACACGGCUACGGACGCAGCGCAGCAGCUACGAGACUUAUGCGAUCGUCUGAACUGCGAUUUCGAUACGUUUUAUUCUGUCCUGAGCGAAGAUCCAUUGAAGUUCACGUCCGUGAUUGCAAGAUUCGUCUCUCAAACCCAAGAUACCCAUAAUGCAGCGUUGGCAAAGGGAGAGAGCGGUACCGUAGCGGUCCUUGUCGCCAGUAAUCCCAGAGAAGUGGCACAGAACGUACCCACUGGCCAGCCAGUGACCGAAGGCGACAGCGGCCACUGUAAAAGCUUACCACGCGCCAUGGUCGGCGAGCCAGGCUUUGCAGCCAAUGGCAAUUCUGACAGCCUUCCGUCCCAAAAUCAGAUCUUGGAUAAGUCACUGCCAAACGCUUUGGUCUCAGAGACGGCUAAGGCGGAUGGCAUUUUGCCUACUGAGCAAGAAACCGUAGAAAAGGUUUGUAUGGAUCCACAAGUUGCCACGCGAUCCCUCAAGCGCAAGAGAGACAGCAAGGGUAAGCGUCCGGGUCCCACUAUUGCGAAGAUGAUGAACAUCGCAAGCCCCAGCACGAUAGCGCGUCUCUGGAGCAGCUGCAGGGACUCAAGGACUGGAACUCGGACCCUCACGGAAGGACACAGGCAAGUCUUGCCCGUCGAACCAGAACUGUCCAUGGACGGGAAAUCCGUGAUGGACCGUUUAGACAUCCUAAAGGAACAAUCUGCGGUAGCAAGCUCGAACAUGCACUUUUCUUCAGCUACUGAGCGCUUCCACCAUGUUCAAAUGGUACAUCUGUAUCAUAAGGCUAAGAGUCUUGACCAAAGCACUGCGAAUGCGACGAACUACGACCCGAAAGACACUGCUCUCCAUCCCUCACUUGUCGAUCAGUUUGCUGAGAAACUCUUCCCAAGCAAAGCAGGGAUAACAACGCGAAGUGGCUCCAACAUAUCCUCGAGACAGCCGCUCAAGAACGCAUUCAACACAUGGCUCACGGUGGGAAAGAAGCUGGCUAUGCUGGUUACUAGGUAUGGGUGUGGUAUCCUACUGCUCCUACCGGAGAAUUUGAGAGAUGAUAACCUUCGGCGGUUAAAGGAUUCCGAUUUUAACGCGGUCUUGGGCCAUCUUGACAAACGGGUAAAAGCAAAGAGUAUCAGGACUCUGACGGCCUUGUUGCCACUCCUCGCGGUAUGGGGGAUUCUACCUGAACAACAGCUUCGCUUGGAAAAGUGCGCUUCUAGGUCGGACGUCUUGGCUUGGGCUUCCAGUCCUGCUUCACUGGGCGACUUGUUAUCUCUGUGCGGCGAUACAUUUCCAUGCCAUUUCGAUUGUCCAACGCAACUCCAGCCAGUUAUAAGCUGUUUGCCGCAAAUACCAGCCCAAGUGUGUGAUUCUUCGGCCCAUCCUGUAAGUCUCGCCAGUAUCAUCGGAAGCCGGGUCCCCGCUGCAUUGUCCAUGCGUUGAAGGCAUCCCCGACGUAACGCGGGAUGCAUUUUUCAGUGCAUCAGGAUGUUGAAUCAGGUUGCUAGGAGUAGAAGCUAGAGUACUGUACAUAAUAAACUUGCAAUAAGGAACAAUCGCGUUGCAGCGUGAUGCUUGUUGCUGGCUGAGGGUCUAACCUAUUGACCUUCAAGCCACCUCGACUCAGGUUGCUUACCU